AUGACGCGGAGCGACUAUUCGUUCGAGAUGUCAACAAAUAACAAAUCGAAACAUACAAUAAAUAAUGAUCAAAUUAAGAAAGCAUUCGAUUUUAACCAACUCGGGCAAGAAAAUCCAAAAAUAUUACAAUCAAUGAAUACAAGUAUUUCUGGAAUUGGCACAACAAUAAAAAGCGAAGCUGGAAAGAAAAUUGGCACACAUGACGAACCAAAGAGCGAACGCAGUUCCCAUGGAGAAGAAAGUACGGUGGAAGUCUUUUUUCAGACAAUGAUCCCAUUCAUCAUUGCGGGACUAGGAUCCAUCUGUGCUGGGUUGCUUUUGAACAGGGUGCAGAAAACGCAUUUGGUGUGCGAGGUACCUCAAUUUAUCGCGAUGUGUCCACCACUGCAGGGUAUGAAAGGAAAUCUCGACAUGACGUUCACUUCUAGGCUAAGCACAGAGGCACAUCAGGGACGCCUUGAAAGAAGCUCUAGGCUUGUGAAACAUAUUUUGAUGAACAUGGCAUUAAUACAGGCCCAGGCAGUUGGUAUAAGCCUUUUUGCUGCCUUGAUAACAUUUGCUCUUAACGCUCUAGAAACAGACGCACAUGAAGAAAUACCAGUGAAAAACUUCUUAUUCCUCGGUUCAAACGCUCUUUUCGCUAUGUCUGCUGCCUGCCUGAUAUCGUCAACGGCGUUGGUUUUUCUUGUUGUGCUCACCUAUACGUUCUCAAUCAAUCCGGACAAUGUUGCCACCCCUCUCGCAUCUAGUUUUGGUGAUCUACUAACUAUUGGAGCAAUGAUAGGUGUGGCUACACAGUAUCAUCCACUCGCAUCCAUUUCGAUCGUUAUUCCUAUAUCAGUUAUAUGCUGCUUUAUUGUUAUGGUGCCAUUUUGGUUAUACGUUGCACACCACGAUGAGCACGCUUGGGUGGCAGCACGUCAGCAAGGACCCACCUUCUUCUUAGCUGCCAUUUUGUCAAGUGGAGCAGGAAUCAUUCAAGCUUUCGCUCUAAAGAGUUUCCCCGAGCUCACUGUGUAUCAGCCUUUGAUAACUGGGGUUGCUGGUAACCGUGCCGGUUUACAGUCUGCCAGAAUUUCCUCAUAUAUCAAUACGUAUCAGGGAGUGGAGAAACUGACACCUCGGUUCGAUCCAUGGGAUUACUACACAAGCCCAGAUCCCGAGAGUAGAACCGCUCUGCUCAUACUGCUUACUUCACCACCUUAUCACCUUCUUUUCGUCUUUGUAUCCCAUACAAUUGCCUUCCUCGCCUUCGAACCUUUAAAACUAAGCUUUGUAUUCAUUGCUGGAUACAUGUGUACUGUUCUUAUCCAGAUCUUCUUCUUAGUAUAUAUCUCCCAAAUUAUCGUCUACUCCUUGCAUCGUUUUGGAGUUGAUCCUGACAUGCACGCAAUACCAAUGGUAACUUCUAUUGGUGAUCUGGUUGGCACGAGUUUACUUUUCGCUCUGUUCUACGUGAUGAGCUUCGGCGAUGAUUUUGUGCUCAAGUCAAGUACGAUGUCUGAGGAGCCUUCUAAUGCAACCACAAUAUGCUCGUACGAAUGA